CUGGGUUACUGUUAAAAAACAUCCGAGAGAACACUACAGACCAAUGAGUAGAAUCAAUAAGAACGUGCUCUUGGCCCUUUUGACACUGACAAGCUCUGCAUUUCUGCUGUUUCAGCUGUACUACUACAAGCACUAUUUGUCAGCAAAGAUCUCUCUUCACUAUUCUCUAUGUCUUGGGAGGCUGGCCUCUGUGGACUGCAUUAGCUGAGCUCCCUUGCCCUUUGGUUUCCAGUUGGGUUCAACCAAUGGGAAGCAUCAGCUGGAUAUUGGAGACUAGGAAGACUAAGAGAAUGGAACUGGUUCAUCAAAAUCUAAGGGAAACCGGAUUGGAUUUGAUAGUACACAGUGGCGUGCAGUUAAGAAAUUUAUUAUGCUGACAUCCAGCCAAAAUGUGCCAGUGUUCCUUAUUGACCCUUGGAUUCUGGAGUUGGUUAAUAAAAACUUUGAGCAAGUGAAAAAUGCUUCUCAAGGCUCAGCUUCAGACUGCAGAUUUUUGUGUGCUCCGAGAGACUUUACUGCAUUUGCAUUGCAGUAUCACCUGUGGAAGAAUGAGGAUGGCUGGUUUCGGAUAGCUGAGAAUAUGGGAUUUCAGUGCUUAAAGAUUGAAAGCAAAGAUCCUCGGCUAGAUGGAAUAGACUCACUUUCUGGAACUGAAAUCCCACUGCACUAUGUCUGUAAGCUGGCCACUCAUGCCAUCCACUUGGUGGUCUUUCAUGAGAGAAGCGGCAACUACCUCUGGCAUGGUCACCUACGACUCAAGGGGCACAUGGACAGAAAGUUUGUUCCUUUUCGAAAGUUACAGUAUGGUCGUUAUGCUGGAGCUUUUGACAGGCCAGAGUUACAGCAAGUUACUAUUGAUGGACUAGACGUACUUAUUCCAAAAGACCCAGGACACUUUCUAGAAGAAAUACCACACUCCAGAUUUAUCGAGUGCAGGUAUAAAGAAGCUCGGGCAUUCCUUCAGCAGUACCUUGACGAUAAUACUGUGGACGCCAUGGCCUUUCGGAAGAGGGCAAAGGAAUUACUGCAGCUAGCAGCGAAAACAUUAAAGGAACUGGGGGUGCCCUUCUGGUUGAGCAGUGGAACUUGUCUAGGAUGGUAUCGACAGUGCAGUAUCAUUCCUUAUAGCAAAGAUGUCGACCUAGGAAUUUUUAUACAAGAUUACAAACCUGAUAUUAUUUUGGCAUUUCAGAAUGCAGGACUUCCACUCAAACACAAGUUUGGGAAGGUAGAAGACAGCUUGGAACUAUCCUUCCAGGGAAAAGAUGAUGUAAAACUUGACAUUUUUUUCUUCUAUGAAGAGACUGACCAUAUGUGGAAUGGAGGCACUCAAGCCAAAUCAGGAAAAAAGUUUAAGUACCUUUUUCCCAAGUUCACACUGUGUUGGACUGAGUUUGUAGACAUGAAAGUCCAUGUGCCCUGUGAAACUGUUGACUACAUUGAGGCCAACUAUGGUAAGACCUGGAAGAUUCCUGUCCAGACAUGGGACUGGAAGAGCUCACCUCCAAAUGUGCAGCCCAACGGGAUCUGGCCUAUUUCUGAGUGGGAUGAAGUUAUCCAGUUGUACUGAGAAUACAAAGUUAAGGAGGGACAUUUCCCAAAAAGAAGAUGGGUAACUGUUUAAAGUGCUGCUGUCUUUUCACCUCACAUGAGAGCCAAAGAAGAUAAAUGACAAAUUUGAAGACAAAAAUGUUCUAACUCAUGGGCCAUCUAAUUAGCUCUGCCAUUUGGCAUUUAUUGAGGAGUUUAUUCACCAGGUAAAAUGCUAGGUGAUUCUGGUGGACAGGCAGAGAUGGAUGAGCAAAUGCCUGCCUCUCUUGUCAUAUCUGUAAGCACUCCCGUUUGCUUUUAAGGGAGUCUCCCCGCCCUCUGAAGAGCUGAUGUCCACUAAGAGGUAUCCCAUAA